AUGUCGUCCUCCUCUCUCGCUCCCCGUCCCCUUCCCUCGCCGCCGACCUCCCGUCACGUGGCCGUAAUCGGGGCCGGCGCGGCCGGCCUCGCGGCCGCGCGUGAGCUCCGCCGCGAGGGCCAUCGCGUCGUCGUCUUCGAGCGCAGCGAUGCCGUCGGAGGCACCUGGAUCUACACACCCGCCGCCGAGUCCGACGCCUUGGGCCUCGACCCUCUUCGCGAGGUCGUCCACAGCAGCCUCUACGAUUCGCUCCGGACCAACCUCCCCCGCGAGUGCAUGGGCUUCCUCGACUACCCCUUCUCCUCCCGCCACGCCCGCGCCGGCGGCGAUCCCCGGCGGUUCCCCGGACACCGCGAGGUUCUCUGCUACCUCCAGGAUUUUGCAAGGGAGUUCGACCUCUGCGGGCUGGUCCGGUUCCGGACGGAGGUGGCUCUGGUGGAGAGGGAUAACGACGGAAGGUGGCAAGUGAACUCAAGGAGGUCUGGCGCUGCCGGUGGCGAUGGGAGCGACGAGAAUGAGGUCUUCGAUGCGGUGGUUGUUUGCAAUGGUCAUUACACCGAGCCGCGGAUCGCAGAGAUUCCUGGUACUCUUUUUCUGUUCUCCCUUUCGAGUUUUUCUGUUCCCCGAGUCGCAAUGGACAUUACACCGAUCCCUCGAGAUUCCUGUUAG